UAACUUUGUGCUAAAAUCUCGCUUCUUUAUCUUUUGCCUACAAAAUGACGUCAUACUUCCGCCACUCAAACGGAAGUUCGAGUGCAUCGCUUGUGAGGGGCGUGGUUUGAGGCCCCGCCUCCUGUGCCACAGAACCCCGGGAGAACCUACUAGAAUCCCGACCAUCACACACACAAACACACACAGAGCCGCCAGAGUCAUGCAUCCAGCAACUGCUAAGUGGUACGACAGACGAGACUUUGUCUUCAUUGAGUUCUUGGUGGAGGACAGCAAGGAUGUGAAUGUAAAUUUUGAAAAGUCCAAAUUUGGUUUCAGCUGUCUCAGCGGGACGGAUAACAUGAAGUACUCGAAUGAAAUUGACCUUUUUGAAUCCAUCGAUCAAGAUGGGUCCAAACACAAGCGUACAGACCGGUCGAUCUUGUGCCGUUUACGGAAAGCAGAGUCCGGGAAAUCCUGGCCCAGGUUAACAAAAGACAAAGCAAAGCUCAACUGGCUUAGUGUUGACUUCAAUAACUGGAAAGACUGGGAGGAUGAUUCAGAUGAAGAGUUGUCCAACUAUGAUCGCUUUUCAGAGAUGAUGGGCAACAUGGGAGGAGAGGAUGAUUUACCUGACCUGGACGGAGCAGAUGACGAAUCAGCUGAUAGUGAUGAUGAAAAAAUGCCAGAUCUGGAAUAAGUGACUGGCACGGUGUGGACAGACAGAGGAGGAUGACAUAAGGGGGAUGACAUAAUGAAAAGGGGGAUGACAUAAUGAAAAGAGGAAGCUGUUACCUAAAUGCUACAUGAUCUGAAAGAGAGCAAAGCUGGAUUCAGUGAGACCGUUGAGUUCAUGAGCAUCAGCUCUGUCUCAGCGGCUGCACUCCAGAAGAUCGUCAUAAACCUCUGUUGAGAGUUAAUAUGCAUAUUGUUGUACAGAGCUUCGUUGUCCCUCUCCUUAUGACCAAUCCUGGCUUCAUCUUUUUUUUUUUUUAAUCCAUACUAAAAACAUGUAUACUUAAACCAUUUGGAAAAUCAGCACUGUAUUCAUAUUAUUUUUCAAUCGAAAAGCAAUAGAUGUGAUGAAAUUUUUCUUUUUUUUAUUGUAAGGCAUUGAAAUUAAAAUGAAAAGUGAAACUUU